CUCCAGAGCAGCAGGGGGCGCACUCUCACUUAACCGACUGUUCAACUCAUUGAAGCUAAACUGACGUUUCCGUCCUCAACGUGAUUGCACUGUAUUGCAUUCUGCCGGCUGUGUUCGCAGUUACAUUUUAACGUGAAUGAGAAGACUUAUUUUUGACUUUUGUUUUAGACCAAGAAAGGAAUUUUAAAGAGACCGGUUUUGGCGGGACACCUGCUCAGAGAUUCUGAAGACCAGCUGAAGAAGAAGACCCUCUUUUGACCUCUAUGAGUCUUGCAGCCUACGGCGUUUCUAAGAUGAUGCCAGAUUUUCGUCUGCUGACCAAUCACCAUGCUUCCUCGUGCGGGUAAAGAGUUUCUGGUCCGCAUCCGCUUCUCCUGGAGGCCGUUUUUCCAGGGCCGGUACCUGCUGCUCACUAACACCCUGAGUGGAGGAGUCAUGCUGUCGCUGGGAGAUAUUCUGCAGCAGACCCGGGAGAACCACAGGAAACCUGACAGAAUCAGAGACUGGUCAAGAACAGGACGCAUGUUUGUGGUGGGUUGCUCCUUGGGUCCGCUGCUGCACUACUGGUACCUUUGGCUGGACAGAGUGUAUGUGGGGAAGGCUUGGAAGACUUUGACCAAGAAGGUUCUGGUGGAUCAGAUGGUUGCAUCACCAACGAUGGGACUGUGGUAUUUUUUAGGUAUGGAUCUCUUGGAGGGUCACACUUUAUCCCAAGGAUGGGCGGAGUUUAAAGACAAGUUCUGGGAAUUUUACAAGGCGGACUGGUGCGUUUGGCCUGCAGCUCAGAUGAUCAACUUCUAUUUUCUGUCGCCCAAAUUUCGUGUGGUGUACAUCAAUUUCAUCACUUUAGGAUGGGACACGUAUCUCUCCUACCUCAAACACAGAGAUGAGUUAAAGGAUGCUGAAGGGACCGAGUCUGACAGAAGCUCAGCAGACUCACAGCAGGAGGAGCAUCACACGACCAAACCUCUGGAUGACGAAGCUUAGCUUUGACCUUUAUGCUGUUAUUAAUGUAAAGAUUUCCUCUUGGAAAAUGCCUUAAGACUGUUGACAGAACUAUUAGUUUAUCGGAGGAGCUGAGGAUCUUCCAGGUGGAAGUGUUGGAGCACUUUACCAUCAUCCAGGAGGAAUUUCAAUGUUUCCUAUUUAUUAUGUCUGAAAGACUUCAGGGACACAAAGCCGUUUCACUGCCCUCAGCUGCUCUCCUUUACAUUCUAAAAAGUUAUAAUGGUACUAAAGGAGGUCAACAAAAAAACAAGUUCUUCCUAAAACCUUCAAAUGAGUCAUUUUUGUGUAAUUUUUGGACACAAACAUGACGAGUUUUAUUGUGACGUAGGUUGUGUAAACUUUGCCUUAAAUGUAUCCUCAUGUUGGACUUAUUUUCAUGCCAAAUAUUCACCUCUUAAAUCAAUCAAAUGUGUUAUUCAGUGUUUCAGAAUGUAAAUGUUGUUGAUUCUUUGUUUAGUCGUGUCAAACAUGAUAAAUGUAAUAUUUACUCCUGUUUGGCUAAAAGCAGGAAAACCUUUUUUUCCUGUAAACUCUACAGUGAAACUGUAGUUUUGACCUAAUUUAUACUUCUAUAUCUAAUUUAUGACUGUUUCAGGGCACGACUUUAUUGUUACUUGAUCAUUUUUAGGGAUUUGAAAAGUUGAUUUAACUGCAGCAACAAGUGCAAAUGUGCGUAAAAAAAAGAAAUAACUACUGAGUAGAUCCAGAGUGCAUCUGCUGCAUCUUUGUAUGUAUAUAGAACUAGAGGGAAACAUUAAAGGCUUCUUUUAAAGUCA